AUGGCCUUUAAUACCAACACCGACAUAUGGAUUGCUGGAGCAUUCGCAGCAUUUACUGUCGACCUUCUGGUAUAUCCGCUUGAUACCCUCAAAACUAGAAUUCAGUCUCCCGACUACAAGAAGCUCUACACUGAAAAUGGUCGAGCAAGCAGGGCGCUCUUUCGCGGCCUUUACCAAGGUAUCGGCUCCAUCAUACUCGUAACGCUACCAUCAUCUGGAGCAUUUUUCACCACAUAUGAAGCCUUAAAGUACACUCUUAACGAUGCCGUUCCUCCGAAUUCAACGCUGUAUAUGCCACAGCCAGUCAUAAACGCAAUCAGCAGUGGAGGUGCAGAACUGGUUAGCUGUGCCAUCCUUACUCCGGCCGAAGUCAUCAAGCAGAAUGCGCAGGUUGCGCAAAAGACGAUCAAAGGUGUUGGACCCACGCUGAGUGUUUUGAAAGAAUUCCGAAAACAUCCUUUCCGGUUGUGGAGUGGUUAUACUGCUUUGGCUGGACGCAACCUGCCUUUUACAGCCAUGCAGUUCCCCGUGUUCGAGCAUCUCAAGUCGCAUUUCAUGGAGAAAAGACGGAGACAAAAAGGUGCUGAGGUUGAUGGCAUCUUUGAACGGGCUUCAAUUACCUCUAUGAGCGCAGGAAUAGCAGGUAGUGGCGCUGCUUGGAUCACAACCCCAAUUGAUGUGAUCAAGACAAGGAUGAUGCUUGCAGCAGGCAAUCGUGGUCAGACAGUAGAGAACAAAAACAUUGGAACGCUACUCACAGAAGGGCUAUCUAGUAAAUCUAGCAAAGGAAUUUGGGAAACCGCAAAAGAGGUUGGUCAGACAGAUGGACUUCGAGGCUUCUUCAGGGGAGCAGCAUUAAGAGCUGUAUGGACUGCUGUUGGAAGUGGUCUUUACCUGGGUGUAUACGAGGGCGGCCGCUUUUACCUUGAAGACGCCAGAAAAUCUAAGGAGGAGAAAAAUCAUAUCAUGCCGAAAGACUGGAGCAGCGUUCAAGUAGGAGUUGGUAGGAGCAGGUCUCAGGGUGAAGCUAUAAAGAAGAGUGGUUGGCAGGACGAUUCAAAGUGA